AUCAACGCGAGGCGCUUUGUUGUUCUAUCGAGACAGAAGUCGGAGAAAACUAACUUUCAGGUUGGGAUAAACCGCUCGGAUUAAACGUAGAUAGCGUUUUUGGAUUCCACAUGAUCAAAACCCAGUUCGACAUGGCAUUAUAUCGGCAUCGUCUGCAGGAGAACUGGCGUAUACACAGAAGUUCUUCAGCUCAUUAGUAGGCUAGCAUUAGCCACUUUGGGAGUGUGUCCAGAUUGGAGCGGAAGGAAUUUCAGGCACUGGGAAGACGGGGAAAAAAUCUCAGCUGGGAUGCCUCAUGCAAGUUUGGAAAAAUGUAUUUUACAGUGCCACCGGGAAUCACGCCACGAUAAAGCGAAAGUAUGCGCAUAUCUGACUGAUAUUAAAUCGUAGGAAAUAUUUGAUGGUGCUUUUGUAACUGUUAACGUGCCAGUUAGCGAGUUAGCCACGUAGCUAGCCAUCGGUAGGAAGACAUUUAAAAUGGCGGAAGGUCGGCCCAUUCCUUCGGCCUUCGUCUUCAUGUUGUUGAGUUUGAGUACCUGGGCUCUUGAACCUUGUCCGGCUCCGUGCUCCUGUUUGACGGGACAAGAUGAGGUCCAAAUCCUGGACUGCAACAGAAAAAGGCUGUCGACGGCUCCCCUUGAUCCACCAAGUGGGAUAACCCAAUUCACCAUGAACCACAACGAGCUGACAGCCCUCCCCUAUCUCGGAGAGGUGUCCUCCAACAUCACCGUGUUGUCAUUAAUCCACAAUCGGAUCUCAGAGCUGUCGAUGCUUCAGCUGCAGCCAUACGUUUCCUUGGAGACACUGGAUCUGACUUCCAACUCGAUCUCCGAGCUCAAGGUUGGAUCCUUCCCCACAAUGCAGCUGAAAUAUCUGAAUUUGAGUAAUAACAAGAUCAGCACCCUUGAGCCCGGCUGCUUUGACAACAUCUCCAGCUCCCUGCUGGUGCUGAAGCUGAACAGGAACAGAUUAGCAGUGCUGCCGUCCAAAGUCUUCAGGCUUCCACAGCUUCAGUUCCUCGAAUUGAAGCGUAACAAAAUCAAGGUAGUGGACAGCCUGACUUUCAAAGGGAUGGAAUCCCUGAGGUCCCUGAAGAUGCAGAGGAACGGCAUCACUAAGCUCAUGGACGGAGCCUUUUUUGGACUGAACAACAUAGAAGAACUAGAGCUGGAGCACAACAACCUGACCGAGGUCAACAAGGGCUGGCUGUACGGCCUGCGCAUGCUGCGAGUCUUGCGGGUCAGCCAGAACGCCAUCGGCAUCAUCCGACCAGACGCCUGGGAGUUUUGCCAAAAGCUGGAGGAACUAGAUCUGUCCUUCAAUCACCUCACUCGACUGGAGGAGACGGCCUUCGUGGGGUUGGGUCUUCUGGAGAGCCUGAACCUUGGAGAGAACUCCAUCAGCCACCUGGGAGAGGGGGUGUUCAGCAGCCUGGCCAGUCUGCGCAGCCUAGAUAUCCGCAAUAAUGAGAUCUCCUGGGCCAUUGAAGACUCUAUCGGCGUGUUUGAUGGAAUGAAGAAGCUGAACACCCUGAUCCUGCAGCGGAACAAAAUCAAAUCUAUUACUAAGAAAGCGUUUGAAGGCCUGGAGGAGCUGGAGCACCUGGACCUGAGCAAGAAUGGCAUCAUGUCAAUACACCCGGAGGCGUUGUCGCAUCUGAGGCUCAAAGUGUUCAUCCUGAACACCAGCAGCCUGCUGUGUGACUGCCAGCUGCAGUGGCUCGGGCCGUGGUUGACUGACAGCCACUUCCAGCAGUCCAUCUCGGCCGUCUGCGCCCACCCCGCCAGCCUGCUGGGGCGCAGCGUCCUGUCCAUCAGCCCGGAGGAGUUUGUUUGCGACGACUUCCCCAAGCCUCAGAUCACAACCCACCCAGAGACGUCUGUGGCGCUGCGAGGGAACAACGUCACGCUGAGCUGCAUCGCGUCCAGCAGCAGCGACUCGCCCAUGAGCACGGCCUGGCGGAAAGACGGAGAGGUGCUGUACGACGCCGAGGUGCAAAACUACGCUCGCUACCAGGAGGGGGAGCUGGUCUACACCACUGUGCUCCACCUCCUCAAUGUCAACUUCACUGACGAGGGCCGCUACCAGUGUGUGGUGUCCAACCACUUUGGCUCCAACUACUCCAACAGGGCCAAGCUCACCGUCAAUGAGCUGCCGUCCUUCCUCAAGACACCGAUGGACCUGACGAUCCGGACCGGGACCAUGGCCAGGCUGGAGUGUGCCGCUGAAGGCCACCCAUCUCCCCAGAUCGCUUGGCAGAAGGACGGAGGCACUGACUUCCCUGCUGCCCGCGAGCGCCGCAUGCACGUGAUGCCAGACGACGACAUCUUCUUCAUCGCCAACGUGAAGACGGAGGACAUGGGAGUGUACAGCUGCACGGCUCAGAAUGCAGCAGGCAGCCUGUCAGCGAACGCUACGCUCACCGUGCUGGAAACUCCAUCUUUCAUGCGGCCAUUGGAAGACAGAACGGUGGCCCGCGGGGAAACUGCUGUACUUCAGUGCAUAGCCGGGGGCAGCCCAGCCCCCCGCCUCAACUGGACCAAAGACGACGGGCCCCUGGUGCUGACGGAGCGCCACUUCUUCGCCGCGGCCAACCAGCUCCUCAUCAUAGUGGACGCGGGGCCCGCCGACGCCGGGAAGUACACCUGCAUCAUGUCCAACACGCUGGGCACGGAGCGCGGCCACAUCUACCUGAGCGUGUCGCCCUCGCCGAACUGUGACACGGGCUCAGGGUACGACCAGGACGGCUGGACCACGGUGGGCAUCGUGGUGAUCGUGGUGGUGUGCUGCGUGGUGGGGACCUCACUGGUCUGGGUCAUUGUCAUUUACCACAUGCGCCGGAAGAGCGAGGACUACAGCAUCACAAACACCGAUGAGAUGAAUUUGCCAGCAGACAUCCCCAGCUACUUGUCGUCUCAGGGCACUCUGUCAGAGCCCCAGGAAGGCUACAGUAACUCUGAGGCCGGCAGUCACCAGCAGCUCAUGCCUCCUCUUUCCAACGGAUACGUCCAUAAGGGCACAGACGGUGUGUGUUACGGAGAUGCAGGCAGCGAAGUGGAAACCGAAGGGAAUGGCAUGCUUCACUGCAGGGUGGGCUCUCUGUUCACCGGCCGUAGCAGCUUCCACCCCGGGGAGCCGCGCGAGGGACUCGCCGGAGUCCCUGCAGGUGGCACAGGCCCACUGGUCAUCUGCUCUGACUGCUAUGACAACGCCAACAUCUACUCUCGCACGCGGGAGUACUGCCCCUAUGCCUACCUGGGGGAGGACGACCCGCUGGACAAGACUCUGCCAGGGCUGAAGGAGAGCUUCCGCGAGCACGCCCAGCACGAGGACACGGCGCUGGAGAGUCUCCUCAGCAACCAGGACUCCUCUGUCUUUCUCACCUCCCACGACAAGAGGCUGAGCAGCCACACGGCCCCCGAGCACUACGCUAAUGAUCACCCCACCAGGUCUUUCUGGGGGGAGGGGGAAGGCCCGUCCGCAAAGCCCCAGCCAGGAGCGUCCACACACCCAGUGACUGUACACAGGACCCCCCCUGUGGUCUCCGCUGCCGACGAGGCAGAGGAACGUGGUGGAGCUGAGGUGGACUGCUUCCCCAGCCAAUGCACAACACAACAGGACCACAGAAGUGCCUCCAGUAGGACUAACCCUCAGGAGCACCCUGCUCCCACAUAGGCCCCAGCGACCCGUCCACGCUCCCCUGCCCUUGCAGUCCUCAUUGCAGCCCCCUCUCUGUCCACUACCUCCAAAGAGACUCCUCACUUUCUGCCAAAGAUGUUCUCUCAUAUGUUUACAUUUGCCUUCCAUCCCAGAGGACACGCUCGGUUGUUUGUUCCCCACUAUAAAAAGACUGCUGCCUCGGCCUGGAGAAAUAUUCUGGUGAUUAAAGUGACCUCCUCCUCGACACCCCCCACCUCUGCAGGGCCCGGUCCCCCUCCACUCUUCUGCAUUCUCUUUUGUAGAGAACGCUAUGAAUGUAUGCUUCAAAGAGCCAUGUUGGAUGCUGCCGUGGUACACGAACAAGACAUUGUCCAGCCUUAUUACCCCUCUGUUCCUGCUACCGGGAGCGGGGGCGUCUAUUUUAAGCCGAUGCAUAGUGCUUCAUGCCGCCGGUUUGGACUGAAAGUUCACGGUACAGAUACCUGUUGCAGCAGCCUACAUGACUUAGGAAGAAAUCGCCACCUCUUGCCAAGUUGGCAAAAGAGGGGUUCAAAUGGGGGACAAGUGAAGUUCCCUCACCAGCAGUAUGUGGUUCUUAAAAUAGGAAAGAGCCCUGAAUGCAUACAGUCCACAUUCCCAUAGCCAUCCCUAUUGACUCUAAACUAGGCUCUCUGGUGACCUGUUAUGCAAAUCCCAGAGACAGUGACACCAAAAUGUGGUGUAUAUUAUAAAUAUAUAUAAAUAUAUCCUAUAUCAUCUUUGCCUAUUCUCAUUUUUGUCCUCUGUCAAAGGCUAUUGUAAAUUCCUUCUUUUUGUUGGUUCAUAAUGAUGUUCUGUUUGGGAAGAAAGCAUACAAAGUUUGCACAUUUGACAAUCAUGGUUUUGCUGGCCAUUUUCUAAUGGUUGUCUACCGAAUGGCCUUUUUUUUAACAAGCAUUCUCAGUAACCUCGAUCAGGUAACAUUAUGGUUUAUCUACUCAAUAUGCACUGAUUUGUUUUUCCCUUCUCAGCAUAUCUUACUGGCACUUAAUUUAAUGAUGGCGUAUUUUUUAUUAUUAUCAUUAUUAUUAUGCAGUGUGCAUGCCAUUUUACAUUCUUGUAAGGGUUUAUUGUGACCGUUUCCUCUCAAAUUUCACAAACUUUCCUUAGAUACUGAUUAGGCCUAGAUUUUCACUUGGGACUGUGAAAAAUGAGAAUGUAUUAUUUCAUACGUGUAUGUAUGUGUACAUAACGACUAGUAAUCUAUCCAAUUCCAUGUCCUACUAGUCCACUUGUGGAGCGGUUUGAUUCCGAAGCUGCAGUAACUUUAGAAACAUUUUGCUUAUUGGUUUUCAGCCCAUGUCUCCCGGCAUUAUUGGAUAUUUUGUACAUGGUGGUCCCAGGAACAACAUGAAACUGUUGUGUUCUUGAAAAUGGCAAUUAGAUGCCAUUAUGUCCACGUUACAGUAAUUGAACAGAUGCAAGCAGAAACUAACUGUGCUCUUUUCAAAUGCCAGACGUGAAAUUGCUUUGGAGAUUUUCAAUUGGAAAAAAGUGUAUAAUUCAAAAGAAAUUGAUCUUGCUUCAUCAGGGCUGAUCUCAUUAGAUGGGUUGCUGAUCUCUUGUUUAUUGCACUUCGGGGUUGCCCUAGACAUGAUUGGCUUUCCUUACCACGCCCAUGCCGGUUAACACUCAGAAAACCGCAUUGAUGUUUGCUGGAGAUGUUAAGCCAGCUACACUCCUGUCAUAGUUAACAAUGUUUGAUAAUUGAUUCCCUCCCAUGUUUGAGAAUUCACGCUGUCUUUAUUUUUUCUGCUUAAUUUGCAUUCUUAAAAACAGUCCGAAUUCUAGGAGACUUUGUGCACAUCAUCUUGAUAAUACAUAAUGCAUCAGCUACAUUCUGGUCGGCUGUAUUUGAUCAAGAGAGGCCAUGUCUUAUUCAGCUUUUCCCCCUCUCUGUGGUAGUGGUACACUGAUACUGGUGGAGGGGACUGAGCCAGCGUUUGGUCGUAGUACUCACGCUGUUUAUCAGUGGAGUUCACAGACACAAGAAUCAGUGAUGCUGAAUGGCUAAUCUCUUCAUUAUCAAUCCAAAUGUGUGGUGAUGUGCAGGCUGAUGCCAUGUCAUUAGACGCCCUGUCACAAAAUGCUACUAAGCCACAGUUGAUUACUUGCGUACUGAAUUGCAUGUGAUUCCUGCACACCUCAUGUCAGAAGAAAUCCUUUUCCUCUCUUGGAUCAGGUUUGCCUUGUCAUACCAAAUCAACACAUUCCCAGCCUACGCACCUGCAUUCAGAUGUUAAGCUAGAAAAGGGGUCAAACGACUGGUUUCUGUUUUACUAGUCGUCCAAUUGUUUUCUGUUUAGCCAACACAAAGUCGACUUGAAACCCACUCGCUUCACAAGUCAGAUUUUGACGCACUCCUUGCUCCAGUGGAAGCAGUUCCUUUAACAUUCUCAAGUUUUUGUCAUUGUCGGGCAAGGUCAGUUUCAUGCUUUUUGAGCUUGAUUGAGAAACUGCAAAGAUAAAAAUGACCAGUCAUUCUCACAGCUACAUGCCCAGAGACCAUAACAUUGAUUCAGUGCUCUUUAUUAUUAUUUUUUUUUUCCGCCAACACAGCAUAGCAUAAUGUGUAUUUGUAUUGUCUUACUCUUUGAACGUCCUUAAGACUUUAUACCAAAGUUUAGCAGUAAAUGCUCUGGCAAUAUCAAAUGCUGCUUUUUUUGUAUUGUCAAAGUUUUGCAUUUUGUUUUCAAAUGUAUUUUUUUUGGGCCUUGUUUACUUGUACAUUCUGUAAAGCAUGUCUAAAGAGCAUUUUUGUUACCUAGCUGUUACUCAAACAAUAAACAUGAAUUCUGAUAA